AUGGUUAGCAAGCCUGGCCUGGCACUUUUAUCAGCACAGCGCUGGGAGACCGACGAGGACGCAAAGAGACACGAAGAAGUAGACUCGGAGAGAGAGAGAGAAAGAGAGAGACUGAGAGAGACUGCAGGAUCAGUGGAGAGUGACAGGGGGGGCAAAGUAGGGACACAGAGCCAACGGCUUCACUGGGUCGUAUUCAGUUGGGGAAGAGGCGACCUCAGGCGAAGGACGGGACAGGACCAGCGCCACAACGAGGACAGCAAGGAAGAUAUCAGAGAAGGAGAGAGACAGAAGAGAGCGAGAGAGAAACAAGAGGGGGAAGAAGAGGAAGACGAGGGAGCAGCCAGGGAACGAACCGGACCUCCGAGCAGGCAGGGGACGUACAGGCUGACAAAGGCCAGGCGAGACGAGGACGAGGCUGAUGCGUCGAAGAACGGAGAACGAAGACGAAGACGAGGAAGAAGAAGCAGAAGAAGAAGCGAAGAAGACGAAGAUGAAGACGAAGAUGAAGAUGAAGAUGAAGAUGAAGAUGAAGAUGAGGCUGUGAAAGACGGAAACCCAGCCGGGAAAAGGCUAGCAGAGCCACAAGGCAACAGAGCCGCAAGGCAGGCAGACGAUGAUAGAGAGGAGAAGACGAGAGAGAGAAGAGACAGUAAAGAAGAGGGAGAGAGAGGGAGAGAGAGAGAGUACGUACCAGCAGACUUGGUCAGGAAGAUGCCAGGCAGCAGCAUAAAGAUAGGAAGAAGACGAAGGCGAAGAAGAAGAAGAAGAAGAAGAAGAAGAGAAGAAGAAGAAGAAGAAAAGAACAGCCGCAUCCGCCGUGUUAUAAGGGCGUCCCAGGGCGGUUGGAAAGGAGCCAACGGGGAGGGCCAGGGAAGCGCCAGGGAGGACGGAGACGGCAGACUCAAGAGGACUCAGCGUGCCCUUGGGCUGGCGACGGCGACGGCGACGGCGAUGCUGCUGCUGAUGAGACUCAGCAUGAAGAAAACGGACGAGCUGGAGGGCAUCCCUGACUGGAGACCCUCUCGGGCUGGCCGGCUCGACCGUGACUCUCCUGCUGCUGCCCUUAGUCGCAUCUAUCGCUGCCUGUUUACUGCUCUCCUGGUGGUGGUGCUCCUGGCUGGCGGUGGUGAUAUCUCGGUGCUGGCGGUUACCCCUGAGCCUCUUCUUGCUCCUAUGCUUCGACCAUGGCUUCUUCCACUCGCCACUGCUCAGCCACGCCACCGAGCUGAGGUUGCGGUUCUUAUUAUUACAUAUUCAGCACCUACGCUUGCUGUCUUAUUGACGGGAGCAGCCCUGCCGGAGAGACUGCUUCUUUCUGAACCACCCCGGGUCCUUACCCUUACCUAUGGGCAGACCAGACAAACCACCACGGACGAGGAAGAGCAAGAAGAUGAAGAGAGAGAGAGAGAGAGAGAGACUUCCUCAGGAGAGACACGUGGCAGACAUCCGCAUGAAGCAAGGGUUGGUCCUGUUAGCAUGAUGGAGUAUAUACAGGGGGCCAGCAGAGCCGUAGACGGGCACGGAGUAGAAGAAGGAUGCAUCAGAGACAUGUCAUAG